GCGAGCGGGCGGCGGCGGCGGCCCCGGGAGCCGCGCACGGAGCGCGGGGACCCGCCGGACCGGGGCCGCGCCCUGCGAUGCGGACAAGGGACGCGCUGACACCGGCCUGCGCUGCGGGCUCUGCUGCUGCUUCUUCGCGUUUCUGAUUUGAUUUUUAAUUUUUUCCCUUUUAAUUUUAAAAUUUUUUUUUUUUUUACUUUUUUUUUUUAAUACUAUUUUUGGCUGAAGGGAUCCGACGCCUCCGACCGGCCCCCGGCGCCGGUUCCCCGCCGGGCGGCACCCCCGCGCCGGGCGCGCUUCCCCACUCCUCCCCACCUUGUAUGGUGGAGCGGCCGCGGGGCGCAGCCGAGCGCUGCCCCGGGCUCCCCCCGGCCCUCGCCCCCGCCGCUCCCCGCCCGGCCCCGCGUUGGCAGCCGAUGUAGGGUACGGCGCGGCGCGCCCGAGCCCCAGCGCCGCCACGGGAGCGGCCCCCGCGGCGCCGUCUAUGCCCGCGCCGCCCCGCCGCCCCCCCCAUGGUGCGGCCCCGCCGCGGGCCGUCCGAGAUCCGCUGGGCAGCAGCGCCGCGGGGAGUCCGGGCUGCUCCGGGGCUGCGAUGAGAUAGAGCCGGCGGCGGAGCGAGGAGCCCCGCGGAGGAGGGCGGGGGGCGGCGGAGAGCGACGCGACCCCCGGCCGCCCGCGGGUCGUAUGUUCAGGUCCAAACGCUCAGGGCUGGUGCGGCGACUUUGGAGGAGCCGCGUCAUUCCGGACAGGGACGGCGGAGAUGGGAGCGCCAGGAGCGGCCACGACCUCGGAGCCACCGGCAGCUGCAAGAUCACGGAGAAAAGCCCCUCGGCGGAGCUCCGCGCGGUAGCGCGCAGCCUGCUGCUGCGAGAGGCGGAGGAGCGGCGCGGGGCGGCGGGCGAGGCGGCGCCGCGCGGGGACCCCAUGGCAGAGCGGCGCGGGGCCCGGCUCCGCGCCCCCGGCUCCGCGCCGGAGAGCGACGGCCGGACCGUGACCUGCUGCCUCUUUUCGGAGCGGGAGCCGGGCGGCCCCCAGCGUCCCCCCGCCGCCGCCCCCGGCCCCGACGGCGCGGCCGACGGCGGCUCCCCGGAGCGGCGGGGCCGGGAGGCGCGGGCGCGGCUGCUGCUGCUGGAGCAGGAGCUGAAGGCCGUCACCUACUCGCUGCUGAAGCGGCUGAAGGAGCGCUCGCUGGACAGCCUGCUGGAGGCGGUGGAGUCCCGCGGGGGGAUGCCCGGCGGCUGCGUCCUGGUGGCCCGCACCGAGGUGCGCCUGGGGGGCCUGGCGGCGCCCCCGCACCUCCUCCUGGGCAAGCUGUUCCGCUGGCCCGACCUGCAGCACCCCGCCGAGCUGAAGCCCCUCUGCGAGUGCCAGAGCUUCGGCGUCGCCGACGGACCCACGGUCUGCUGCAACCCCUACCACUUCAGCCGCCUCUGUGGGCCAGAGUCUCCACCGCCUCCCUACUCUCGGCUGUCUCCUAAUGAUGAGCAAAAGCCACUGGAUCUAUCAGAUUCCACGUUGUCUUACACUGAAACAGAGGCUACAAACUCUCCCAACGUCACGCCCGGAGAUUUCUCAGGUUGGCAGCUGUUUGUGCCUUCCCGCCCGCGAGAUGCCAGCACGUCGCCCGAUGCCGUGAAGAGGAGCCAUUGGUGCAACGUGGCCUACUGGGAGCACCGGACGCGCGUGGGCCGCCUCUACACAGUGUACGAACAGUCUGUCAGUAUCUUCUAUGACCUACCUCAAGGAAACGGCUUCUGCCUCGGACAGCUAAACCUGGACAACAGGAGCGAGACUGUGAGAAGGACUCGAAGUAAAAUCGGCUACGGGAUUUUACUGAGCAAGGAACCGGACGGGGUGUGGGCCUACAACCGCAGCGAGCAUCCCAUCUUUGUCAACUCCCCGACACUGGACAUCCCCAACUGUAGGACUCUGAUCGUGCGCAAGGUGAUGCCGGGCUACUCCAUCAAGGUGUUUGACUACGAGAAGUCCUGCCUGCUGCAGCACACGGCCGAGCUGGAUUAUGCAGACGGGCCCUACGACCCCAACAGCGUCCGGAUCAGCUUCGCCAAGGGCUGGGGGCCGUGUUAUUCCAGACAGUUCAUCACGUCGUGUCCUUGUUGGCUGGAGAUCUUACUCAGCAACAACCGAUAACGGUCAGCCUCUGGCAAAAGGAGAACAACAAAAAAAAAACCACACACACAAAAAAAAAAAAAAAAAAAAGACACAGACUAUCCCAAAUAUCAUCUACCUAGAUUUAAUAUAAAGUUUUAUAUAUUAUAUGAAAAUAUAUAUUAUACUUGUAAUUAUGGAGUCAUUUUUACAAUGUAAUUAUUUAUGUAUGGUGCAAUGUGUAUAUGGACAAAAAACAGAAAAUGCACUUUGGCUUAUAUAAUUCUUUCAAUACAGAUUUUUAAAAAAAAAAAAAAAAACAAAGAAAAAUUAUACAGCAAAAAUAGGAGAAAGCCCUAAUUUUGAUGUAUGGUUUUUUGAAAUAUUAUUAAUACCCAGACAAAAAGCUAAUACAGUCACUCAUUGAUAAUAAAGUAUUCGCAUUAUGGGGGGGGAUUUAAUUGUCUUUUUUCUUCCCCCCCCCAGCUGAAGUUGGCAGCAGUCAGGGGGUUCUAGAGGGCAGCUGCUGUCUCCCAUCUCAGCCAGGACCCUGGAAAACUAAUAAAUGAGUUGGAAGGCUGCAGCUAGCUCCAAGGUGAGGGUGAGUGAGGCCAGCUGGAGAGCCAGGGAGCACUGGGAGGAGGUGAGAGGUAGCUCUCCCAUAGCUGUUCUCACUCAGGGCUCUCUGAUCUCUCUGAUAACAUAAUUGUGGUGGGAACAUGGUGAGGGUGCACGUCCAUGUUUGCACAAAUAAUUUUUCAUCAGUGCUUAUCAGUGGGUAUCAGAAAAGCAGAAUAUUCCAUGGCCACAAAGCUGCCCAGCAGAACCAGUUUGGAUUAUCGGCCUUACCCUGGGGUUGUCUGUGAGUCCAGCGUGUCCCAGAUGUGUUUGAUGGUUGAGAAACAAAUGGAGGUUUUGAACAACUUGUGUUUGGGUGGAUCCUCCUUUGGAGCGUGCGCUGGAUUUUGGGAACGUCUCCAGUGCCUUGGCGGAGGUGCCUUGGAGGAGUUGUGAGCAGCUUUGUCCCAUAGAUCUCCCAGUCUGUCGUCCAGGCAAUAAAUGAUCCAGGAGUGUUUGGGAGGAAUAUAUUUACUCUGAGGAGCAGCUGCAGCCAAAAAAAUGUCCUGGUCAGUUGUGCCUGUCCUGGCUGAUUUACUCUCCCUGGAAAUCCUGGAUAAAAUCAGCCCCUCUGCUGACUUGUGCUGGGCCUGGCAGGGGCAGGUUGGACACAGGCUUUGCUUGGUCAAGGAAGUUAUUUAUUGCCAGGGAGUAGUCCUGCCAAGUCCUAGAGUUCUACAAAUCCCUGUACCUCUGAUUUCCAUAAAAAUCCAGCCUCUGGAGCCCAGUGAUUGGGAAGCUUUCAAGGCUGCAAAGGAUAUUUUUGUCACCUUCAUAUUUCCAGAGAAAAAGAUGCAAUGAGACAUCAAAGAGUUAAAUAGAACCUAAAUUUACUACUCAAAAGCCCUCCUGGUGCGAGUCAUGCUUUUUGGCAUCUGGACUUGGUGUUCCUGCCACAGCCAUGAGUGAGGAUGGGAAAUCACAGAAUCCUGGAACCCUGGAAUGGUUCAAGUUAGAAGGACCUUAAAGCUCAUCCCAUUCCACCCCCUGCCAUGGGCAGGGACACCUUCCACCAUCCCAGGGUGUGCCAAGCCCCGUCCAGCCUGGCCUUGGACACUUCCAGGGAUGGAGGAAGGGGGGGGGCUGCAUCCCACAGGGAAACACAGCGACCUGGGCGGAUGCUGGGAGAGACCCGAGCAGGGAAUGUCACAAUGACAUUCCUGGAGUCAUUUUUCAAAUUAUAACCAUAUUUGAUGUUUAAUUGGGACCACAUUGGUUGAAUUCCUGCAGCAUCAGUAUUAAUACUUGACAUCAUUAAUUUUUGUUUGUGUUACAGCCAUUCUUCGGGAACGGUGUCAAAACAUGUCACUCUCAUUUAAAGCAGCUUUCAAGAGCUUUGCAGGGGUUUUUUUAUCCCUUUGGCUUAGGUUUGCUGGGUCCUGCCAAACCACCCACCUCCCUCACUGUAUCGCUUUCACACAGUCCAUCAAGAGGCUAUUUUUAUGUUUUGGGGACUUUUUAAAGAGAUUUUUGUUAAUGCUGUCCUCAUGUUACCUGGGAAGCACCAGCAAAAGGUGCUUCUUCCUGUUUCCUUUGUUUCCUUUUCUUUUUCCCAGCAUUUCCCACCACCACAUUCACACCUUUGCUCCCUGUUCUCCUCCUCCUCGUGCAGCAGUGCCAUCAUUUUCCACUUUCUACCCAUCCAUAUUUUGGAAGAAAAUAGCACCAAGGAUGGAUUUGAGGGUUAACUCUGGGAUUUCCCUUGUGCAAUCCACUGAUGGUGCUUCAUUCUCCUUUUUUCAUUACUCAUGCACCUCCCCAGGAAUAAAUCUGGAGUUUUAUUUCAGUUGACAGCAGGGCUUUAAAGGGAAUAAAAAAGGAUUUUAUGGUGAGGCAAUGAAAUAAGACAUCAAGUAUCCUUUUCAGUCUCAUUUUGCCUCUUUAAUACCUUAUAAUCACUGAAACUUGGAACUCUUUAAAGGAGCUUUAGGACUUCAAAGCUAUUGAACUUCACACUGGACCCUCUCAGAGCUCAGCUGGAGCCUCCCCUGUGCAUCCCCCACACCGGGUUUGGACCUGGGGGCUGGAAACUGGCACCUGGAGCAGCCCUUGGGGUGGCUGUGGGUGAAGGGCACUUCCAUGGGGACAAGGGAGUUAAUUCCCUGCCCGGUUUGCAGGAGCAGCUGGACGUGGUUGGGUUUGAUUAAUGAGCUGAUGGGUCUCUGCUGUGCUGCACCCACAGCUGCUGCUGUUUGCCCAUCUGCCCCAGCCCCUAUAAAAGCAGGAAAGCAGGAUGGCCGCACUCCCCCCCUUUUGCUUGAGCAGCCUCCUAAGCUUCUCCAAGUGGGGUUUUUCCUACUUCCUGAAGGAAUCGUGGUCUCCCAACACCCGAGGUAAGUGGCACUUUCUCCAUUGUUCCUUUAAGGUCUGUGUGGUGUUACAGCAUUGUAAGGGUAUAAAUUAAAGUACCCCCUUGGCAGGAGGCUGCUGGGCUGUGCUUGGUCCGAGCUCCUGCGGCUGCUGUGGGUGCCUCGGGGCUGGGGAGCUGCUGUAGGGUUUGUGUGGCUCCUCAGCUGGAGCUGGCUCGGCUUUGUCCUGAGAAGGCUGUUGGGUCACCCCUGUGGUUACAAAUCCCCAAGGGCUUUUUUGGAGGGAUGUUUUGGGCAGUGCAGUGGGGAAGUGAGGGGUUUUUUUCUCAGUAGCAGUGCUGGAACACCGAUUGUGCUGCACCCAGGGGUCAGACUGAGCUCAGGGAGCUGCCUCUACUGCUCUUUAGUGCCAAGGCUGGGUGUCUGGAGCACCACUCAGACCCAGGGCAGUGAAUCCCUGAGCAAACACAUCUUUGUCCUUGUGCUGAAGGGCCCUAGCCAGGCACUAACCCCAGAGCUGCUCUGGCUUAUUAGUGGCUGUGCAGAGAUGAUGGUUUGUUGCAGGACAGGGCUGCUGUGUGGGUUUGGUGCCUCAGCUGGGCUCCGGCUGGUGAGAGUCACCCCUCCAAGGCAGUGACUCCUCAGGUGGAGCUGCCCCAGACUACAGCCCUCAGAUUGCCUUGGCAGUGAGGAGUCAGAUCUUGAUGCUGCAGCAAAGCCUGGGAUGCGUGGCCUGACUCACCCGGCUGCUUUAUGGAUCAUCUGUGGGGGUGGUGGGACAGGGAGAUGUUCCGAGGUGGUGCUGAAGCAGUGAAACUCGCUGGACACCUUUUUCUGUGAGUGCCAAGGCUUUGGUGGAGGCAUCAGCUGGAUUCUCCUGGUGUUAUGGGUGCAAGCAAGGGGCUGAAGGCUGCACAGUUUGUGUGUGCCACAUACGCCCCAUAUCCGCUCCAGUGGAAGUCCUGAAUUAAUAAUUCUAGUAUUGGACCUGAGUCCUUGCAGACUUUGGUGUAUAGAGUGUGUUUAUUUGAUAAGAUCCUCUUAAUUUAGCAAUAAUGGGUUUUAAAACUGUGCACUGGGCUGGGGAGGAGCAGCCAGUUGCUGCUGGGUCCCAGAGGCUGCUGCUCUUCCUGUGAGCCGACAUUCAUCAUCCCUGUCCUUGACUUUCAUUGCUGCUGUGACUGAGAAAUGCUUUCCACCAGCCAGAAUGGAAAAGAAAUUAAUGCUAAAUUCACCCACUCUCAGCUCUUCUUAAAAAGAGAGGCUGAGAUCCCUUUGUGGCACAGGUUUAGCUGCAGUUUUACAGGGGCUGCCAGUCUUCAGGCCAUAAUCCUUCUUCUCAGGGCUUUAUCUCCUGUAAAAGCAGAGGGGCUUGUUCAAUGCAUAAUUCAAAACUGGAUAUUGCCCCCCACGCGUGGGCUGCCAAGGGAAAAGAAAACAGUCAUUGUUGGUGGAGAGGAAGGAGGUGGAGGUUUGCUGGGGGGUGUGAUGCUGCUUGGCCUCAUGGGCUGUGAGUGGUGGAAUGUCUCCAGCUCUUUGGGAUGUGGGUUAAUGCCUUUAACAGAGCAGCAGAGCUGCUCACACACCUACCUGUGCUUCCCAAACCUGUGGCCCUCCAGACUCAGGCUCUGCCUGCUCUGGGGUGGGAUUGGAAUGGAGGAAGAACUUUUAACGGGCUGGUCCUGGGUCAGGGGAUGCAGCUGCUGGUGCCUCUGAGGGGUGUGGGAUGAGCCUCAGGAGCCAGAGCAGGCUGUGGGGAUUUUCCCUGACAAACACCAGGACAAAAUGUCUUGUCCAGCUAAAUGCCCUGUGGCAGGAGCUGGCUGUGGGGACAGGGCUGUGGGGAACUGCUGCUUGUGCAGGGCAUGGCCUGGGGGGCUUGGGGAGAGUGGCUGGUGCUGAAUCUGCUGCUCCCUGACUGCUUUAAGCUCAGCUUUUUAAGGAAAUGGGAGCUGGGUAGCUGCAGAGCUGUGCUGGGGGAUGAGAGGUCCUGGUGCGUCCUCCCAGCGCGUCCCUCCUGUCCUGAGCUGUUUGGGAGCAGGAACUGCCUGGUGGGAGAACACAGAUCUGGUCUCCUUGAUAGGCAACACGGACCACGAGCUUCCUAGAAAGCAAAAAUAAGGAUUCACCUCCAUCUCCCCUCACUUGAAGUGGGCUGGGGGUACCUGGCUCUGCAAUGGGGGGCCCACAGCACCACAGGCUGCUGGGUGACAUCUGGGGCUGGUCCAGCACCCUGAAACUGCAUCCUGGAGCCUGGUUGAGUGCAGAGCAUCCCGAGUUACUUCCUGUAAAUAACUCCUUUUGCUUCCCUCAAAGGUCUUAUUUUCUGUCUGGAGUGUGAUGAGGCAUUACUUGCUGCUUUGUGGAUAAUCCUUCCUAUAUUCCUGAUUUAUGGAUGUGCUGGUGCGAUGCACAAAGUGGCAUCUGUGCUCUGCACACUGUGGGAACAACCCAAAAUUGCUCUGAAACUCGACUGGCUUACAAUUAUAUUGGAUUCUAUUAAAUUAAAACACAUAGCACAUAUAUUACACAAUAAACCACAGCUAUUUCAUGGAUCAAAUUAAGUUUUAUUUGGGCAAAUUACAACCUUUCUUACAGUUGGGCCUUUGUGAAACCAUUCCUUUUUAAUAAAAACAGGCAUUUUUGGCAAAUGCUCUUAAA